AUGACAGAUAUUCAUGUAAGAGCUGCUACUAUAAUUGAGGAUCUUGGUAGUGUAAACGGACAAGAGGGCUCUUUAUCAAGUCCUACCGUUGACAGUAGGAAACAGAUUUCUAUUAAUGGUCAAGCGACCUCCUUUAUCGUAGUGGUCGUCAUUCCGGUGCAUGGCAUGACUUGUCAGUCUUGCGUAAAGUCCGUCACACAAUCAGUCUCUUCGUUGCCCGGAAUAUCGAAUGUUGGUGUCAGUCUGGAAAAUAAGGAGGCAGUCGUUACAUAUGAUGCUAGUAGCAUAAGCAAGGCCAGGAUUAUCGAGGCUAUUGAGAAUGUCGGUUUCACUACCACAUCAUCCCCUUCAAAAGAGAAAUCCGAUGGCAAAAUCAUUUCUGAAAAUUUAACAAUCACCCUACCUGUCAAGGGAAUGACCUGUACAUCUUGCGUGAAUUCUAUUACGCGAGCUUUGCAUUCGGUACCCGGUAUAAAUAGCAUCAAUGUUAGUCUAAAAGACGAAAAUGCUAUUAUCGAUUAUGAUUCUGCUGUGAUCUCGCAAAACGGGAUUGUCGAACGCAUCGAAAAUUGUGGAUUCCAAGUGCCGAUAAAGCAACAGAAUGGUCAAUAUAGUGAAAUCGGAAAAUCAACCGUACUCCCGGUUCGGGGAAUGUCUUGUAAUUCUUGCGUAAACUCGAUAACAAAUUCACUAAAGUCAAUCCCGGGGAUCAACAGUGUGAUAGUCAAUUUGAAAGAUGAAAAUGCCUUUGUAGAGUACGACGAAAAUCUAGUCACCGAGAAAAAAAUAAUAGAGACAAUUAAAAAUUGUGGAUUUGAUGUGCCAGUCACUUCAGACUCAAAUCUGAAAUCCUCAUUAGCCUCUGAAUUUGCGGCAUUUACCAACAUCACCUUAAAGAAUUCUCCAUAUCAAGAGUAUCAUCCUCUCAAGACAAUUUCGACUCACUAUUUUGAUUCCGAAAAGAUUAAGACCAGUCAAAUACAGGUGAGCGGUAUGACCUGUGCUUCUUGUGUCAAUAACAUAGAAUCUCAUUUGAGAGUUGUUCCGGGGAUGGUGUCUGUCAAAGUGUCUUUGCUUUCUGAGAGAGCGACAGUGGAGUAUGAUCCAGACAUGCUGAGUGAAUAUCAGAUAGCUGAAAUGAUCAAUGGUAUUGGGUUUAAAGCGACCCUAAUAAAACCGAAGCGAGAGGAUACUGUGGAGCUUCAGAUAUUUGGAAUGCAGGAUCCUUCGAAAGCAGACAUGAUAGAAAGGGAAUUGGUUAAGGUUCCUGGAGUCUUGAGCGUAUCCAUAGAGUUCUCCACCUCGAUUGCAACCGUUCAAUUCGACAAGGUAUCGUUAGGUGUUCGAGAUAUUGUAGAUCGCAUAGAUAGUUUCGGAGUGAACGCAUUGAUCAAUGACAGUAGUCGAAAGAUUCAAUUGGAGUCUUUGACCCGUACCAAGGAGAUCACAGGGUGGAGGUCAGCAUUUUACAGGUCCUUGAUGUUUGCGAUUCCAGUGUUCCUUAUCUCGAUGGUGCUUCCCGGGUUCGGGUGGGGUUCUGCUUUAGUGGACGUGGAACUGCUCCCCGGAAUAUAUAGUGGAGAUCUUAUUUGCCUCACAUUGACCAUUCCGGUCCAAUUCGGUGUGGGUCGAAGAUUCUACGAAGCGUCAUUCAAAGCCCUAAAACAUGGGAGCACUACCAUGGACGUUUUAAUAGUGCUUGGUACCACCUCCGCCUUCGUGUUUUCGUGUUCCACGAUGUUAUACGCGCUGAUCAGCUUCGAGCACGAAAGACCGUCAGUAUUUUUUGAUACUUCAACGAUGUUGAUUACGUUUGUUACACUUGGUCGGUAUACAGAAAAUUUGGCAAAAGGCAAGACCUCGGUUGCCUUGUCCAAAUUAAUGUCCCUCACACCCACCACCACCAUCAUAUUAAUCAAGGACUCUAAGACGGGCGAGACUAUCGGGGAAAAAAAGAUUCCCACCGAAUUAGUUCAGGUGGGGGAUGUCGUGAAAAUUGUGCCAGGCGAUAAGAUUCCCGCGGAUGGUACAGUUGUCUCCGGUAAUUCAAGUGUGGACGAGUCGAUGGUCACCGGUGAAGCUAACGCCGUUAAUAAGAAGACAGGCGAUUUGGUCAUUGGCGGUACGGUCAAUAUCCAGGGGGCUCUUGAAAUGGAGGUUACCCGUUCCGGGAGUGACACCGCUCUAUCUCAAAUCGUUAAACUUGUCGAAGAAGCCCAGACAUCAAAAGCGCCCAUUCAACAAUUUGCAGACACCGUUGCCGGGUAUUUUGUGCCAGCGGUCAUAGUUUUGGGCGUUUUAACAUUCUUUGGUUGGAUGAUCCUCUCCAAAGUCAUGGAUCCUCUUCCGGAAAUCUUCAGGGAGAGCAACAAUUAUUUCAUGGUUUGUCUCAAGCUGUGCAUUUCCGUCAUCGUGGUUGCGUGUCCUUGCGCUCUUGGCCUUAGCACUCCAACAGCUGUGAUGGUCGGUACCGGUGUUGGCGCUCAACAUGGUAUAUUGAUCAAAGGAGGCGGUCCACUCGAAGCAGGGAAUAAAGUCACGAAAGUUGUAUUUGACAAAACUGGCACCCUGACAAAAGGACAACUGGAGGUUUCUUAUUUCGAGAUAAUGUCGAGUGAUUUAGAGUUGACCAAGGAGAUGUUCUUUUCCAUCGUCGGAGCAGCCGAAUCUCUCAGUGAGCACCCUCUUGGGAUUUCAAUAGCUAAUUACGGCAAGGCUCUUUUAGGUGUGGAUGUGUAUAGUGCUCAGGUCACCGAUUUCGAAUCUCUCACGGGGCUGGGUAUAAGGUGCACGGUGAUUCUAAAUACUUCCUCCUCCACGAUUAAUCCUCUGACAUCAUCUACAAAUGUAGCGGAAAAAGCUUUUGACAUUUUAGUGGGCAAUGCGAGAUACCUGUCUCAUCGUAAAAACAUUUCAAUUCCAAUAUCGGCUAUCGAAAAGAAAGAAGCACAAGAACGCCUUGGGCGUACCUCUGUUUUGGUGGCCAUAAAUAAUGAAUUUGCUGGAAUCAUAUUUCUUUCUGACAUCAUAAAACCCGAAUCUAAAUUGGCCGUCGGAGCACUACGUCACAUGGGCAUCUCGGUUUCAAUGGUGACUGGAGAUCAAAUGCUUACAGCACAAGCCAUAGCGGCACAAUGUGGUAUCGACGAUGUUCACGCGAGCGUUUCGCCCAAGGGUAAAACGCAGAUAGUUCAAUCACUUCAACUCGAAGGCAAUGUGGUGGCAAUGGUCGGAGAUGGAAUAAAUGACUCACCAGCAUUGGCAGCAGCCGAUGUAGGAAUUGCACUUUGUUCCGGGACAGAUAUCGCGAUAGAGGCUGCAGACAUUGUGCUUAUGCGCUCGGAUAUCACAGAUGUGAUGGCGGCGAUCGACCUGUCACGAACAAUACUUCGUAGAAUACGUUAUAACUUUUUGUGGGCUUGUAUGUACAAUAUUAUAGGCAUUCCAUUGGCAAUGGGAAUUUUUCUUCCAUGGGGGUAUCAUUUGCAUCCGAUGAUGGCAGGAGCAGCUAUGGCAUGUUCUAGUGUCAGUGUGGUUUGCUCGAGCUUGAUGCUGAAGUGGUGGUCGAAACCUAUAUUUGUGGAGGACAAUAAGGGUGGUAUAAAGAAACAAAAGGAUAAUGGCGGAUUCUUUAGUUCAAUGUGGGCAGCAGUGAAACGAGGUCCGGAAAUAUCGCAUGGCACUGGAGGUUAUAGACGAUUGGCAGCUGAGGAAGACAUAAACAACUAG